UCCAUUCUCAUCCAUAGUUCAACAUCUAAACACAAAACAUUAGUGUUUAUAUCUUAACAAUGGCUUUCAACAAGCAUAGUGCACUCAUUAUAUUGCUUUCUCUUCUUUCUUAUUCCAUAUUUUCACAUGCAUGUGAAACAUGCAAUCCCAAACCUAAACCUAGUCCUCCACCACCUUCCAAAAAUCCUACGCCUUGUCCUCCACCACCUUCAACAACACCUAAGGCCAGUCCUCCUCCUACUCCAUCAACAACACCUAAGGCUACUCCUCCACCUAAGGCAAGUACUCCACCUCCUUCAACUACACCUACAGCUAGUCCUCCUACUCCUUCAACAUCACAAAAAUGUCCUAAGGACACAUUAAAGCUAGGUGUUUGUACUGAUCUUCUUGGACUUGUUAAUGUUGUGGUUGGAAGUCCUGCUUCAAGCAAGUGUUGUACAUUGAUUCAAGGUUUGGCUGAUUUGGAUGCAGCAAUAUGCCUUUGUACUGCUAUUAAGGCAAAUGUUCUUGGUAUCAACUUGAAUGUUCCUGUCACACUCAGUCUCUUACUUAGUGCUUGUCAAAAAUCUCUUCCUUCUGGUUUCCAGUGCUCUUAGACUCUCACUUAUAAGUUCAAGCAAAACAAGUACUUAUGUUACUACUACUUUCAUGGUUGUUUUAUUAUAGUUAUUGUUUUUGUUAAUAAUUGGAGGCACUAUGAUUUUAACAAAAUCACGGUAACAUCGUGAUUAUGCUAAACGAUCAUCAAUCCAAAUGUACUAUUUCAAUUCUUGUGUGAGAUAUAUGUCAUUUCAAUAAUAGGGUAAGUAUGUUUGCCUUAUUUACCAACUUUGUUCUUUUCAAUUUCGAUAUAUUUUUGUAAACUUUUAUUAAUUUGUGCAAUGAAUGGAUUAUGGUAAUUUUUUACGCGUUAAUUGAA